CGUCCCUUCCAGCUCCCGGAACGCCGCGGUGCCGCCACGGGCUCCCCGCUGGAAGAGUCCACAUAAACGCCUCUGGAACGCUCGGACGGACGUCGGGAAGCAAAAAUGCGCCCGAUGCGGAUCUUCGUCAACGACGACCGGCACGUGAUGGCCAAGCACUCGGCCGUGUACCCCACGCAGGAGGAGCUGGAGGCCGUGCAGAACAUGGUCUCCCACACGGAGCGAGCGCUCAAAGCCGUCUCCGACUGGAUCGACGAGCAGGAGAAGGUCAGCGGGGAGCAGCCGGAGUCGGAGUCCAUGGAGACGGCGGCCGAGGAGGAGAACAAGGAAGGAGGGGAUCAGAAGGCCACGGAGCAGCUGACGAGGACCCUGCGGGGCGUGAUGCGCGUGGGGCUCGUGGCCAAAGGCCUCUUGCUCAAGGGGGACCUGGACCUGGAGCUGGUCCUGCUGUGCAAAGACAAACCCACGGCCAAGCUCCUGGAGAAAGUCGCCGACAACCUGGGGGUGCAGCUGGCGGCGAUCACCGAGGACAAGUACGAGGUCAUCCAGUCGGUGGGCGACGCCGCCAUCGUCAUCAAGAACACGAAGGAGCCCCCGCUGAGCCUCACCAUCCACCUGACGUCGCCCGUGGUGCGGGAGGAGCUGGAGAAGCAGCUGGCCGGAGAAACGCUCUCAGUCACCGACUCCCCGGACGUUCUGGACAGGCAGAAAUGCCUUGCUGCCUUGGCGUCUCUGCGCCACGCCAAGUGGUUCCAGGCCAGGGCCAACGGGCUGAAGUCGUGCGUCAUCGUGAUCCGAGUGCUGCGGGACCUCUGCACCCGCGUUCCCACCUGGGCCCCGCUCCGAGGAUGGGUAAUUCCCUCCCUUCUCCCGUUCCCGGGGGGAUGAGGGUGGUGGGGGGGGGCUGGCAGCAUCUCUCUGGGCUGAAGUUCAGCUCUCCUCUUUCCCAAGUUUCCAAGGCACGGCCCCUUUCCCAAGUCGGGGGGUUUCUAUGGAUGAGCGACGUGUCCGCCCUUAAAGGGGCAGAGCGGAUGUUGUGUGGUGCCAAUCAGCCACC